AUGGUCGAUCCAUCACCGGGCUACACUCGACAUAUAACAGAUCCCACCAACCUUCACCAAGGUCUCAAGGUCGUUGACAUAUCAACGACAAUAUUUGCCCUUGUCGCAGUGGCUUUAUGGCUCUUCAUGCGAGUGCACGUGACGAAGAAUGAUAUGGUUAUGUGCGCACUAAUAUGCAGUUUCGUUCUCCUUGGCUUCAGUUUCCCACAUAUGAGCGCUGGCCUUGGGUACCACCUUUGGGAUGUCAAAUGGACACUUGCGGGAACCAUCUUGUACGCGACCAGUCUGGCUUUUACGGAAGUCUCGAUUCUGUUCUUCUACCUUCGACUAGCACCACAUAGAUGGUAUCGCUCACUGGUGUGGAUUCUCCUUACCGUUGUAGUCGCCUACGCAACAGCCUACGUCACAGUGAGUGUCUUUGGAUGCAAGCCGAUCGCUGCGAGCUGGGAUCUGAGGCUUGCACAUGAAGCCAGCUGCCUCGAUCAGUACACAAAAUACAUGGCUCUUUCAGUCCUGGACAUUGUCAUCGAUUUAUACCGACUUUUCAGUGUUUACGCGGUCCUUAUCCGGCGUACGGCUAUGCUGGCUCCCCUGAUGGCUUCGACAGAUUAUACCUGGGACGCAGUCGAACAGUUCAAAUGGUAUUUUGCCGAAGUCAACUUAGCAAUAGCGUGUGCAUCCGCCCCUGUUCGCCAGCGGUCCGUUGCAGUGUUUGCCAGCGGUCCGCUGCACUGA